UUGGAAUAUUAGAGGUUAUGUAGGGUUAUGUAGGUUAUAUGUAUAGCUGUCUACAAGAUAGUGAAAAAUUCAUAAAUACCUCUGAAAUGGACAGUGUUUUACCAGGCUUCGAAAAUUUGGAUACGUUUAAAGUUUCCGAAGACCUACAAAAUGAUACGGUUAAAAAAAAAUCUAAGAAAGGUGGAGGAUUUCAAACAAUGGGUUUAAGUUUUAACGUUUUAAAAGGAAUAACAAAACGUGGUUAUAAAGUACCAACACCAAUUCAACGAAAAUCUAUACCGCUCGUAAUGGAAGGACGCGAUGUUGUUGCUAUGGCUCGAACUGGAAGUGGUAAAACAGCAUGUUUCUUAAUUCCUCUCUUUGAAAAACUUAAAAUGCGAAUUGCUAAAGCAGGUGCCAGAGCACUUAUACUUUCACCUACAAGGGAGCUAGUUUUACAAACGUUUAAAUUUAUUAAAGAACUGGGAAAAUUUACUGGAUUAAAAGCAGCAGUUGUCCUAGGAGGAGAUUCAAUGGAAGAACAAUUUUCGUCUAUUCAUGGUAAUCCAGAUGUUAUAGUAGCUACUCCAGGCAGAUUUUUACAUGUCUGCAUAGAGAUGGAUCUAAAAUUAAAAAGUAUUGAAUAUGUUGUAUUUGAUGAAGCAGACAGACUAUUUGAAAUGGGAUUUGGAGAACAGCUUACUGAGAUUGUUAACAGAUUACCAGAUUCGAGACAAACUGUUCUUUUUUCUGCUACACUUCCUAAAGUACUUGUGGAUUUUGCAAAAGCUGGCUUGAGUGAUCCUGUGUUAAUAAGAUUGGAUGUUGAAUCAAAACUACCCACUGAGUUGAAGUUACUAUUUUUAAUUGUACGUCCUGAGGAAAAAGUUGCAGCUCUACUUAUGUUACUGAAAAGUCAUAUUGAUAGUAAACAACAAACAGUUGUUUUUGUUGCAACAAAACACCAUGUUGAAUAUUUACAUUCGAUACUAGAUUAUUGUGGCAUAAGUAACACGUAUAUCUAUUCAAACUUGGAUCCAUCAGCUAGAAAAAUUCACGCAGCAAAAUUUACAACAGGAAAAGUUAAGGUUUUAGUUGUAACAGAUGUUGCUGCUAGAGGAAUUGAUAUACCCCAGCUAGAUAAUGUAAUUAACUUUAACUUUCCUGCAAAAUCAAAACUUUUUGUGCAUCGAGUCGGUCGUUGUGCACGAGCUGGCAGAACCGGAACUGCCUAUUCAUUAGUAACACCAGAUGAGUAUGCAUAUCUUUUAGAUUUGCACCUCUUUUUGGGACGUCCGCUGAUAUUGGCGGGACCAAAUAGUACCCUCAAUGAAACUGUCGUUGGGAAAAUGCCCCAGGGUAUUAUAGAAGAACAGUUUAGUCUGCUGGUUACUCUCCACGAAACUCACGUUGAUUUGGUGAGUAUGAGUAAUGUUUGUGAAAAUGCUUAUAAACAAUACAUAAGAUCAAGACCUCUCUCAUCUGCCGAUAGUAAUCGUAGAGUGAAGGAAAUGCCUUUUGCAUCUUGCGGCAUUCAUCCAGUAUUCAAAAAUGAAACUGGAGAAUUGGAAGCUGACAGGGAAUUAUUACUGGGACAAAUGAAAAACUACAGGCCACCCGGGACAAUUUUCGAAAUUUGCGGUAAAAACAAAUCGGUUGAUUAUAUUACAAUGAAAAACAAAAGAGCUGUACAUAAGAGUGUAAUUGAAUCUUUUCAUGAAAAAACUAAAGAAAAGGAAAAAUUAAAACCGACUUUCGACGAAAGCAAAAAAGCAGAUCUUACCGUUAGUGAUAAUCACGAUAUAGAAGAAACGUUUAAAACAGUUGUUUUACCAAAAAAACGAAAAAUCGAAGAAAUUUAUAAAAAGAAAACGAAAAAGGUCAAGGAUGAAGAACAUUUUAUUCCAUACGUCCCUCCAGACAGACAUACUGAGGAAGGACUGGCCAUAAAUAAUUUUCAAAAAGAUGCAAUAAAAGCACAGUUUGACUUAAUAGGUGAUUCUUCUGAAAUGUUACAAUCCUCUAAAAAUCAAAUAAGGUGGGACCGUAAAAAGAAGAAAAUGGUAGCAGUAAAUCCUAAUCCGAAAGCUGGUAAAAUAAAAACAGAAUCAGGAGCUUGGAUACCUUCGAGUUAUAAAAGCGACCGAUACGCUCAGUGGAAAGAAAAAACGAAAGCUGCAGAACAGGAGGAAGAUAGUGAAGAUGAUGAACAGAAAAAGCAAAUAAAUAAAUUUAAAAAUAUUAAAACCCAUUGGGCCAGGCACAAUGAAAAAGUAAUGACGAAACAAAGAAAAUCGGAAUUAAAAACGACAGAACAAAUCCUUAAAGCGAGAAAGAUUGCAGAAAAGAAAAAGAUGCGCCAAAAGAAGAAAUUUAAGAAAUCAAAAACAAAGCAUCGUUGAGUUGUAAGUUUUAUACAUAUAUUAAUUAAACCAAUAAAAGCUUUACAGCGAUUUAGAGAACAAA